UCCUUGUUUCUCUCUCUCUCUCUCUCUCUCUCUCUCUCUCUCUCUCUCUCUCUCUUCUACACUGCUCACUUCGGAUGCUGAGGCUCCGUUCCAUUUACUUCGUUGCCGCCUAGUACUGUACUUAUAGUAGCUCGCCUUCCCCACUGCCCUUGUAAAUGAAUACCUUGACAUCAGUUCAUCUUCCUACUGUAAGUAACUCGGCUGUCGUGUCAGAGUCCUGCUGAAUUUCUUCAGUGAACAACGAACCUGAACGCUCACCGCACCAAAUUGUGCAUACGUACAGGGCGACCAUGCGUUCCACGGCCUUCCAGUGCGCUGCUGCUACCGGGUACCGAACAGUCAAGCUUGCGCGCUGCAAGCGCUGCGUGUCGUCGGAGCAGAAAGGAAUUCGGCGCCUUGAUGGGUCAAUACAGCAUCGAGGGCUUGUUUCGCCCCGGCCAUCCUUCAGAACACUGGCUUGCACAGGACGACCGUCCAACGACAUGGAUGAACGAUGGGCCCAUAUUUGUUCUUCUGCACUUUCAGCCAAGCAGGGCGAUAUGAUGGGGCAAGUGCAAGACGAUUGUCCACCAUCAAAUGUGGAGUUAGGCAGUGCCUAUCCCGGUGGUUUGUCAGAGAAGGAAAUCGAAAGAAGACGAAAGAUUAGUGCUGCAAACAAGGGGAAGGCUCCCUGGACCAAAGGAAGGAAAUUAACCCAAGAGCACAGGCAGCGCAUCAAGCAGGGCACUAUCGAGGCUCUGAGAGAUCCCAAGGUUAAGAAGAAAAUGCUAGGACACCGUCAGUUGCAUAGACAAUCGAGCAAAGACAAAAUAAGCGCCGCGCUGAGAAAGGUAUGGGAGAGGAGAAUGAUUUCUGUCAGGUCAAGACAGAUGAUCCUUCGUAUAUGGUCAGAGAGUAUCGCUGAGGCAGCGAAAGAAGGUGACCACGGGCAAGAUAAGCUGGACUGGGACAGCUAUGACAAGAUACAGUCUGAGAUGAUGUCUGUGUUCCUUUGGAACAAAGAGAAAGAACGGGUAACCAAGAAGCUUAAAAGGGUGGUGACAAAAAUUGUUGCCAAGAAGCUUCAAGCAGCAGCGAAAAUGGAGCUACUGACUAAAAGAACAAAGAAGGCGAAACCUGAGAAGCUGGUGCUGCAAAAGUCAGAUGCUCAGCCGAGACGGGUGUUGGCAUCCACAAGACCGAAGCUUAAAGAGAGGCUGACCAAGUGGCACGGUCGCAAAAAGGAGCUCGAGAUCGUGAUAAGCGCACGGACAAGGGGUGGUGGAGGGCUGCGUAAGCCUGCGGUCGCGAGGCGAAGAGCGGUGGAGAGGCGAGCCGAGGUGGACCUGGUGACGGAGCCUGGGGCUCCCCCUGGCCGGCUGAAGGAGCUUCACUCGCCUUGCAAGGAUGGGCUCCCCUGCGGUGACACCUGAAGAACCUGCACUGUUGAGCUCAGGCAGCAGGGUAGCAUUUAUGCAUUCAUGGAGUUCUUACAUUGAUGUUGAUGAUGUCUUGCUUUAGUUGGCCUCUGUGGAUGAUGACCAGUCAAGUGAUGGUGUCUGUAACAGGCUGUGAGCUCUUGUGUUGUGUAGGCUGGUUCCCUCUGUCCCAUAAUGUAAGACCUUCUUUGACACGAGUGUAGUGUGAAAAAACGUCUUACAUUAUGAAAUGAAACGGAGGGAGUACAAUGUAAGAUUCUCUUACAAGUUCUCUACAAAGAGAGGCAGAUAUUAUAUUUAACCAAUCAUUAA